GAAAAUAUGUAGUUUAAAGAUGGCGCUCCCCGGUGUUUUACUCGUGCGAAUGAGAGCGCUAUGCAGUUUAGGCAAAUGUUUUCAAACAGGAGGCAAAACACCGUCCAACUGGAGCAGAGAAGUGCAGUGGUACAGGACAAAGGCCCGAGGCUUUCAGGAUCACGAAAUAACUAAUGUCCAGGCUAAACGAGGUAAGGUUAGUUCUAAGCUGCUGAGCGAGUUUCCAAAUCCUAAAAGCCUACUGAAUAACACCAUCUCACGGUCAUUGGGCACCAGCGACCUGUCCCAGGUCAUCCAGUACAGCUACACAGAACAAGCGGGUGUUAAGAAAGUCACUGUGACAGUGCAGUGGCCCUGCAGAAUUCAGGAGGAGGCUUAUGCUUCCAAAAAGACUGAAGCAGAACAAUAUGCUGCAGCUGCUGUUUGUCUCAGACUCAGGGACAUGGGUGUGAUUGGUCCAAACAAUGAACUCCCCAGGAGGAGGGCUGGCAGAGGGAGAGGAGGGCUACAUUCUCCCCUUUUUGAUAUAGAAGACUGUGAAGACAGUGUUCAUGUCUCCAGAACACAAAGAGAGGAACAAAACCAAUGGCUGUCUCCUUUGCAACAAACCUCUGAUGUUGAUGAAGCAGUUUCCAUGUUUCCACAACCUAAAUCUCUCCUGAACAGGGUCCUCCAGGUGGCCACGUCUUCAAACAGAACCAGGGAGCUGAUGCAGUAUAAAACAGCAGGUGGGAAGUUAAAGAAGUGUGAACUGACACUACACUGGCCCAAGGAGAUGACAUUCGCAGCUGUGGCAAACAACAGAGUGACAGCAGAAAAGAGAGCUGCAGCUCUUGCCUGCAUGAAACUGAAGGAGCUUGAGCUGCUUGACAAUGGCAACAACCCACUGACUCAUGCCAGCUAUCACCGUGACCAAGUGAAGGAUGCAGGAGAGAAGCAUCGACGCCCAGUCCAGCUGGACAUCCCAGGAAAUCUGGAGAGAAGCAUAAAAGAUUACCUCACACAGUAUCCAGUGGCAACAGAAAUGGAAAAAUUAUGGGAGGAGGAAGAGAGGAAAGGACAGCAGUCCAUCACCCAAGACGGUGAGGAAGAAGACGAGGACUUGGUGACAGAUGCCAUUACAGGCCGACCAUACAGGAGUCUGUCCAAACAUGAGGCUCAGCAGCUCAACACGUACCUGCAGGAGGAGUGGGAGAGGGCAAACCCUAGGCUGAGCGUGGAGCUCCCAGUCGAUGCCCACCGUCAGCGGGUGGUGUCUGUAGUUCAGUCUUCCAGGGUGGUUGUUAUUGCCGGUGAAACAGGAUGUGGAAAAACAACCCGGAUCCCCCGCUUUCUGCUGGAGGAAUGUGUGAGAGAUGGGGAGGGGGCUGAGUGCAACAUCUUGGUUACUCAACCUCGUCGGAUCAGUGCUGUGUCAGUGGCUCAUCGUGUUGCUCAUGAGAUGGGCCCAGCUCUAAAACACUCUGUAGGAUACCAGGUAAGACUCGAGAGCCGACCACCAGAGCACAGUGGCGGGGCCUUGCUCUUCCUCACAGUGGGCGUCCUGCUGAAGAAGCUGCAGUCAAACCCGACCUUGAAAGGAGUCAGUCAUGUGGUGGUGGAUGAGGUUCACGAGAGAGACAUCAACACAGACCUGCUGCUGGCUCUGCUGCGCUCUGCUUUAAAUGAGAACCAAGACCUCCGAGUGGUGCUCAUGAGUGCUACUGGGGACAACAAGAGACUGUCUGAGUACUUUGGAGGCUGUCCAAUAGUAAAGGUACCAGGGUUCAUGCACCCAGUGAAAGACAGGUUUUUAGAGGAGGUGCUAAAAGAGAUGGGACGGAGGAUACCAGUCCAAGACCCGGUGGGAGGAAGUGAGGAUAUUGCACCAGAUCUUGUUUUAGUGGCUGAUGUAAUCGAGCACAUUGACAAACAUGGAGAGCCAGGUGCAGUGUUGUGUUUCCUCCCUGGAUGGCAGGACAUCAAGACAGUUCAAGAAAAACUUGCAGCCAAGUCCCACUUUAUGUCAGGCUCACAGAUGAUCCUUCCAUUGCACUCUAGUUUGUCAGUGGCAGACCAGCAGACUGUGUUCCAGCACCCCCCUGUGGGACAGAGGAAAAUCGUACUAGCUACCAACAUUGCCGAGACCUCAAUCACUAUCGAUGACAUUGUCCAUGUAGUAGAUGCAGGAACACACAAGGAGCACAGUUAUGACCCACGAACCAAGGUCUCCUGCCUGGACACAGUCUGGAUAUCCCGGUCAAAUGUCACGCAAAGAAAGGGCAGAGCAGGCCGAUGUCAGCCAGGACAAUCAUACCACCUGUUCCCACGGAGUCAACUUGAUUCCAUGACUCCUUUCCCCAUUCCUGAGAUCCUACGCACUCCCCUUGAGAAUUUAGUGCUGCAAGCCAAAAUUCACAGCCCUAACAGCAAGGCUAUAGAUUUUUUAUCCCAAGUCCUCGACAGCCCAGAGAAAGAAGCUGUAAGAGAUGCCGUCCAAAACCUACAAGACAUAGGAGUUCUGGAUAAGACAGAAUCUAUGACAGCUUUAGGAGAGCGUGUUGCGUGUAUGUCAUGUGACCCCCGACUGGGCAAAAUGCUGGUCCUCGGUGCCAUGUUUCGAUGUGUCCUGCCGUUGCUGUCUAUAGCCGCCUGUCUGACCAGAGACCCUUUCUACAACAGCCUGCAAAACAGAGCACUGGUCAACAAGGCUAAAGAAGAGUUAAGCGGGUUCAGCUACAGUGACUAUUUGGUGUUUAGUCGAGUUGUGUUGGGAUGGAGGAGACUUCAGCAGGAGGGUGAUAGAGACGAGAGAGACGAAUAUCUAGAUAAGUACACUCUGUCCAGGACCGGCCUUCGAUUUAUUAACGGUCUCAUCUCCCAAUUCUGUGAGAACCUACAUGAAGCUGAGCUAGUGUCUCGUGCCAAUGACUGCCAGCGCCAAAAUUCCCUCAACAAUGAGCACAGCGAUCAGGAUGAGCUGAUUAAAGGUGUACUGCUGGCUGGACUGUAUCCCAAUCUCAUUCAGGUGAAAAAAGGUGUCGUGACCAAAGGAGGGCGCUUUCGUCCCAACAGCAUGUCUUUCCGUACACACACCGGGCCAGUCCUCCUUCACCGCUCCACAGUUAACAGAGGGAAGGAGGACCUGCCUAGUCGGUGGUUGACUUUCUUUGGUGCCGUCAAGUCCAACGGUAAAGUUUUCAUCAGAGAUUCUUCCACAGUCCAUCCACUGGCUCUGCUGCUGCUUACAGAUUCUGACAUCAGAGAGACAGUGAGUGGAGACAGAGUGGAAGUCUCAUUUCCUGAUCAUUCUCUGAUGCGGUGUGAGAUGUCCACCAAUACCUGGGAGAUGCUGUGGGAGCUACGUACGUCCAUUCUGACGAUGCUGCACCGCAACCUCAACAACCCCAGGAAUAUAAUGACCAACUCUUCUCAAGAUGGCAAGCUCAUCUCCUUGCUGGUUGAACUUCUAAACAAUACAGACUCAAACACUUGUGCUCUGAAUGAGAACAGUGACAGUGAGGUGGACUGAUGACACUCGACACUGUGGACUUUUUUAUUUGAAUGUUGUGCUGACUGAUGAAGAUAUGGCGGCAUCUCAGUUCUAAGUUUCAUUGUUUUGUUUACUGUAAAUUCCUUGUGGAUUUGUUAGUGAAUUAUGUUUGAAAUGUUAAUUGCUUCAUUGAAAGCAGAAGUUGAACUUUACUCUAAAUGAGUAUAAAGACAAAAGAUGACUAAAAGGUCAAUUAACAGACUGUAUGCAGUUAAUAUAUUUUUGCUUUAUUAAUUAUUCACACACAACACAAAUAUUAUUGUCUGCACUAAGUUGCAGAUUUGGACUGCAUUAGACUGGAUGAAAAGGUCUAAGUUAUGUAUUUUUCCUCUUUGCCUGGUUUCUCUGCUCAAGAAAACUCCUUCAUAAACUUUGUGUGGAAGCUGACCAGGCGUCUCAGUACCCCCUCCAGGGUUUCCUCUUUAAUCAUAAUGUUCAUUCUGCAAAGAAAACAGGAAUAUAGUGUCAAGUUUGCCAGACAUACAUUUGACUUAAAAUGCACAACAGAGGUUAUAAACUACACCCUAUAGUUU